UAUUGCGCUGCAGAUUUCUAGGUUCUUCAGAAACGCAAAUCCAAGUCAUUCUCCUUGUUCUUCUUUCACUUUCAUUCAACAAAUCCGUCUUCUCCGGUGAAUUCCUCCGCAUUCCGAUCGCAACUCGCCGGGAAAAUUCACGCCUCUCCAGUACUGUGGUGAAUUCUCUCUGAUUCCAUCGAUCUCCGCUUCUCAUCGCCAUGACUCCUGAAUAUGAUUAUUUGUUUAAGCUCUUGCUUAUUGGUGACUCUGGUGUUGGAAAAUCUUGUCUUCUUCUGAGGUUUGCAGAUGAUUCAUAUUUGGAUAGCUACAUUAGCACCAUCGGGGUUGACUUCAAAAUCCGCACAGUGGAACUCGAUGGGAAGACUAUUAAGCUCCAAAUAUGGGAUACUGCUGGCCAAGAGCGUUUUAGAACAAUAACCAGCAGCUACUACCGUGGUGCUCACGGCAUUAUUGUUGUCUACGAUGUCACAGACCAAGACAGUUUCAAUAAUGUCAAGCAAUGGUUAAAUGAAAUUGAUCGUUAUGCAAGCGAAAACGUGAACAAGCUUCUUGUGGGCAAUAAGUCUGACCUUACGGCAAACAAAGUUGUGUCCCAUGAGACAGCGAAGGCAUUCGCGGAUGAAAUUGGGAUUCCCUUUAUGGAAACAAGUGCUAAAAGUGCCACGAACGUUGAACAGGCCUUCAUGGCCAUGGCUGCUGAAAUCAAGAAUAGGAUGGCGACUCAACCAAUGAACAAUGCGCGGCCGCCAACUGUGCAAAUUCGAGGACAGCCUGUGAACCAAAAGUCUGGUUGCUGCUCAUCUUAAAGAAAAAAGAGGAGAGAUCUCUCUAUGAUUAGCACUGUAACCGUAUGGUCUGGUCGGUCACGACGCGCAUGUAAAACUCUUUGGAUUAGCUUUUCUUCUAAAAAGCUUUGUUUUGUUUUCUUCUCUCCACCAUUUACUUUCUUGAUCAGCACUUUGUUUAAAAUUCCCAUUCUUUUCAAUGUAUUUGAUUAUCAUAACCCAAAAAGAAAAAAAAGAAAAAAAAAAAGAAGAAACCAUCUGUACAAAUUAGAAAAACAUUAUUGGUGAAUGGCACUAUUUUCCCUCUUAUCUUUC